AUGAGGAUGAAAUACAUGACAAUGAAGAACAACACUGAAGAGUCCUCCAACAUGGAGAAUAUGGAGGACAUGGGAGGUCUGGCAUGUGCUCCAGUCGGGGAGGGCAUCUGGGAACAGCUGGAGCUGCUGCCGCCCCCCCUGUGCCCAUCCAGCCCUGCUGGAUGGGCCCUAGGCCCAGGGGCAGGGCUGGCUUUGUGGGGCCACCAACCUGCCCUGCUGCCCCUACCCCCUGAAGCCACCCUGUGGAGCAGCAGGGAUGGAGGAGACCUGUUGGAGAUGGGCUGUGCGCAGACCAGCCUCAGCUCCAUCCUCCUCCGGGACUGUGCGUGGAGCAGCUUUGCUGCCCCAGAGAAGCUUGAGUGAGCAGAGACUGAGAACCUGCAGGGCCAAGGGGGCAGAGCGGGGCAAUCAGCACCUGCAUGGCGCAGCCCCGGGGGCAUGAGCAGCACCAGCCCCCAGGCCCAGCCCAGCCGCUGUGUGUGGGAGUGCGUGGAUCCUGCAGCCGUGCUCCCCUUGCUGGGCAAGGAGAAAGGGCCCAUUUUGCCCACCUUGGCCUCAGCAGCAGGCAGCCUGGCUGGCAUGUGGGCGAGUACUGGUGGCAACAGCAGCACCGCACAGGGCACAGCAGUUGUGUCCUAG